AUGUCGACCGAUAAACGUAACCAAUUUCUUGAUGCCGGGGAUAGCGAAGAUGAUGCAGGUCACGGAUACGAUUCCGAAGAGGAUCUCCAGAAGGGCGGGCGCAGCGCGAAGCGGAGAAGAGUCGACGAUGACGACAGUGACGCCGAAGACGUUAGCGACCAAGAGGAGGAACACGGCGAGGAUGGGGCCACGAACCUGAGAGAAGGCACCGCGGAUUCCGAAGCUGCACGCGACGACGAGGAAAUUGCAGAAGAAGGGCCAAAGGACGACAAAGCGGACCUACCAGCGGAGCUGCCCGGCGUGUCAAAACCGUUGGCAAAAAAGAAUCUUGUUGCGUCAGAGGCUGCGAUCAAGAAGUCCGGGGUGGUUUAUCUGUCAAGGAUUCCGCCAUUUAUGAAACCCGCAAAACUGCGCUCACUCCUUGAGCCAUAUGGCAAGAUCAACCGGAUCUUCCUCACUCCUGAAGACCCGACCGAGCACACCAGGCGCGUACGCAACGGGGGCAACAAGAAGCGGUCAUUCACCGAGGGCUGGGUCGAGUUUGUGAAAAAGAAGGACGCGAAGAAGGUGUGCGAUUUGUUGAACGCCCAGACUAUCGGGGGGAAGAAGUCAAGCUGGUACCACGAUGACGUGUGGGCCCUAAAGUACCUCAACGGCUUCAAGUGGUAA